CGCUUCAAUUCGUUGUCGUACUCCAAGUCAGAUCAAUUAGCCUCCCACAAAUCCCAAACCUCAGUAGCUGGUGAUACCCAGCAACAACAGCUACCCCAUCCGUGGCGUCGGUCCUUGACAAGAUGGCCUCAGCAGCGUCCACUUCGAACAUUGAAGGAGCUGUGAGUCAACAUAUCGCGUCGCCACCAGGGCAGCCGCCACGUACUACUCUGAAUCAGAGUCGAAAAUCUUCUAGAGUAUGCCGAUUCUACAACACUCCUAGAGGUUGUCGUGCUGGGUCUCAAUGUCCAUACCGACAUGUUCAGCCGCAAGAUCAAACGCGGAAUGCCGUCAACUCUACAGAUACGGCGUCGUUGUCCGACAGUCAGACAUUGCCUGAGCGAACCAAAACAACCCUUUCGACGCCGGUACCAAAUCAGAAGCCGACAUCUCAACUCCGACAAACCAAUCCGCGGGAAUUUCAGGUCGGCCAGCUCAUAAAACGGUUUUCACCUACGCGCAUGGAGUUUGAGGAUUCUACUGUCCUAUCUCUUACGCUGCAGCCGUCCGACCCUGAUUUUCCGUUUGAGCUUGAGGGGCUCCAUUGUAACUUGACUAUUCCAGUUUCAUACCCUUCGAACGGCAGGCCUUCGAUUCGCGUUACCAAUGAGGACAUGCCACGAGGUUAUCAAAUCAACGUCGAGAGAGGCUUUGACAGCCUUCUUAAUCAGUCACCAGGGAAGACCUUGUUAGCCCUCAUGAAUGAUUUGGACAGAAAUUUGGAAACAUUCUUGACUUCGGAAAAGGCACAAACCAUAAAGAUCAUUGCCAAUGCUGGGCAGAAGGAGAAGGCUCCCGAGUCUGCUCAAGGACUGCCUCCUAAACCCCUGUCAAUAUCGGCUCCUUUAUCACUAGCUCCUCAAACUCCGUCAUGGACUCCGCAACAAAAGAGCGAUGCUCAAGCGAAAAGGCAAUCCGACAUUCGGCAAUUGGAGGCGCGCAUGGGACGUCUGCAACAUUUCUCCAAAAACGCUGAUGGUACUCUGUUCACCAUCCCCGUGCAGAUCGCAAAACCAGGCAGACUUUCAACUGGUCUGCAACAGCUGAAGGAGGUAGUAUUGGCUGUACCAAAGCUAUACAAUCUCGAGCCAUGCACUGUACAAUUGAAAGGUGUGAGCGGCACUGAAGUCGAGAACAUCCAGAUGGCCUUCGAGAAAUAUGCUCGAGCACACCGUACGACAACGCUUAUGGCGCAUGUCAACUAUCUGACCCAGAACAUUCACUCUAUGGCUUCCGAAGCAGCAGAGAAGACGCCGCCACCGCCCCUACCCCAAGCUCCUCCAGAGAACACGCAGUCUGACAGGGAAAAAGCCAUUCUUGCCUAUAGAGAUGCAGGCUCUGAAGGCGAAGGUAAAGUCAUCGAUCCUGACCGCCCUCAUCUAAAAACUAUCACAAGACCUCCAGAAUGGGACCAAGACACAGACUCUGAAGGUGGCUCCGACUCAUCUUAUGGAUCCGAUGAUUACACAGAAUCAGGCAGCGAAGAAGAAGAGGAUCAGACCAGCGAAGGAGGUGCCGCUCUGCCGGCCUCAUCAGCCCCUGCAGACAAAGGCAUUCAUCUGUCCUUUCCAGGCUUGGAGCUAUACAACGUUGAGCUCCUGACGCUUACCUCACUGUCCCUCUCGGUCAAAUGUCUCCGCUGCAAAACUCCACUUGACAUUCACAACGUCAAAGCAAGUAAUCCUGUUCAGUCGUCCACAGUGAGCACGAGAACCGAGUCCUGUUCGAAAUGCACAACCCCUUUCACGAUCUCAUUCAUCCCGAACCACUUGCACGCCAACACCAUCCGGGCUGGCACAAUUGACAUCACAGGCUGCACCAUCACCGACCUCCUUCCAAGCGUCUUCCAGCCGACGUGCUCUUCAUGUUCGAGCACUUCCCCGACACCCCCCGGCAUGGUAUCUGUUCGUGGCGACAAACCAAUCCAAGUCUGCCGCUCGUGCCACGCGAAGAUGAGCUUCACCAUUCCCGAGGUCAAAUUCCUGCGCGUUUCUCACCAUUCCGCGGCACUGCCUCUGCGCCGGCCGAAGAAGGAGAAUCUGGGUAUCUCUGCGGGGACGUCGCUACCCGACAAUGGAACAUGCCAGCACUACAGGCACAGCUAUCGCUGGUUCCGCUUCGGAUGCUGCGGGCGGGUGUAUCCGUGCGAUCGGUGCCAUGAUGCGGCCGAGUCUCAUGUCAAUGAGCAUGCUGACCGCAUGGUUUGUGGUUGGUGCAGCCGCGAGCAGCGGUUCAGGUCCGACGAUUGCGGUAUCUGUGGCAGGAGUGUCAUCCGACGGCGGAAAGCGGCUGGUGGGUUUUGGGAAGGUGGUCAAGGGACACGAGAGAAGAGAUUGAUGAGUAGGAAGGAGAAGAGGAAAUAUAAACGUCCACCGGGUUCGGUGCCGGGAAAGAAGUCGGGCGCUGGAAAGUGAGACUGGAUUGCUUGCUACAAUAUUACUGAGGUUGAUCUGAAAUAUUGGCGGUCAAGCCUGUUGGGCUUCAUGGGCCCAACGGGAGUAGCCUCUUUACCCUGUUCACUUCGAAUGGUAGUCGUUCAUGUGGACGAAUGAAUGCAGG